AUGCGCUUCGGCAAAACCCUGCGCAAGUCCAUCUACACGCCCUGGGCGGAUAAAUACAUCGAGUACGACAAGCUGAAAAAGAUUCUACGCGAAGACGAGUCCACCGCGGGAUCCACCAACGACGACGAUGACAAAUGGACUGAGGAAGAUGAGGGCGCGUUUGUCGAGGAGCUCGUGAAUGUGCAGCUGGAGAAGGUUCACGCGUUCCACUCCGAGACGUACCAGAAGCUGCGGGACCGGACGGCGGCGUGCGAGGCGAAGCUUAAUUCUUUAGGGCAGGGGAAGGUUGGGGAUAGCAAUGGGGAUAGCAAUGGGGAUAGUAAUGGGGACAGCAAUGGCGGCAAUGGGGCGGAAGAGAAGAGUAACGAGGAGGAUGAGAAGCAGGAGGGGCGUGAUGAGGACCAGGAAGCUACGCUGAAGGAGGUGCUGCAGGAGCUGGAUAGCAUCACGCGCGAGGUCAACGAGCUGGAGAGAUACGCCCGCAUCAACUAUACCGGCUUUCUAAAAGCAGCCAAGAAGCACGACCGGAAGAGGGGACACGACUACCGGGUCAGGCCUCUGCUGCAGGUGCGGCUGGCGGCGCUGCCGUUCAACAAGGAGGACUACUCGCCACUGCUAUACAGGCUGUCCGGGAUGUACUCGUUUGUGCGGCAGGACCUCGAGCGCGACAAGCCUCAGCCAAGGGGGCUGUCGUUCUCCGACAGCCAGACUGGCGGCGAGGGCUUCACGUCGCACAAGUUCUGGGUGCAUCCGGAGAAUUUGCUCGAGGUCAAGACGGUCAUCUUGCGCCGUCUGCCUGUGUUGGUAUACAACCCGCAGACCUCCAGGAUCGCCGAGGGCACACAGAAAGACCCUACCAUCACGUCCAUCUACUUCGACAAUCCUCGGUUCUCGCUCUACGACGACAAGGUCAACCACAGACCUGACGCCUCGUCUCUGCGGCUCAGAUGGUACGGGCAGCUGGCCGACAAGACAGAGAUCUUCUUCGAGAAGAAGACGAUGAAGGAGGGCGACGCGAGCGAGGAGCAACGCUUCGCCAUCAAAGAGAAGUACAUCCAGCCCUUCAUCCGCGGCGACUACAAGAUGGAAAAGAGCAUUCAAAAGUUACAAGACCGAUCCGGCGACCACGGCGCCAGAGCCGACCAGCUACACAAAUCCGUCGAUUCGAUCCAGUCCUUCAUCAAAGACAACGACCUCCAGCCCGUCGUGCGCGCAAACUAUACCCGCACCGCGUUCCAGAUCCCCGGCGACGACCGCGUCCGCAUCAGCCUCGACACCGACCUCGCGUUGAUCCGCGAAGACGCCAUCGACAAAGACCGCCCCUGCCGCGAUCCCGAAGACUGGCACCGCAGAGACAUCGACGACGCGCAACUAGAGUACCCCUUCACCUCUAUCCGCAAAGGCGAGAUCAACCGCUUCCCCUUCGCUUUACUGGAAAUCAAGAUCAAAGGGCGCAAGAGCUACGAAUGGGUUUCCGACCUCACCUCCUCUCACCUCGUGAAAGAAGCGCCGCGCUUCAGCAAGUUCGUCCACGGCGUCGCCCUCCUCUUCGAGGACCACGUCAACAGCUUCCCCUUCUGGCUGUCGCAGCUCGAAACAGACAUCCGCCGCGACCCGCACGAAGCCUUCGAAGAGGAGCAGGAGCGCAAAGCAAAGGUGGCCGAGGACGAGGUGGCCGUGGGGAGCCUCUUCGGCGCCGGCUCCAAGGAGUCCGCCUCAGCCUUCAAGCACGGCGUCAGUUCUCCCGUCGGCUCGCCGGACCGCCCGUCCCGCAUGGACGCCCGCCUCCAGCGCCGCGCGACGGCCGAGAUGACGCGCCGAGCGAGCCAGGCCUACGUCGGCGACGCCUCGGGCAAGGAGGCCGUCGUCGACGAGGAGGACUCGGAUGACGACGGCCAGCAGGCUGAUCGCGACGCCGCGAACACGACCAUGAGCACCGGAGGCUUCCGCAGCCUGUUCCCCUCGUUCUCGACCUCGAAAUACGCGCGCGCGCACCGCGAGCGCCGCGCCAAUCUCCCCGCGGGCGUCAAGGACCCGGGCCUCUGGAUCAAAGACCAAGGCCCAGUCAAAGUCGAGGCCAAGGUCUGGCUCGCGAACCAGCGGACGUUUAUCAAGUGGCAGCACGUAAGCGUGCUGCUGGCGAGCUUGAGCCUGGGGCUGUAUAAUGCCGCCGGGGAGACGAACGGGGUUGCGAGGAGUCUCGCGGUCGUGUAUACGGCCAUUGCGGCGUUUGCGGGCUGUUGGGGGUGGGGGGUGUAUAUUUGGAGGAGUAGGAUGAUUGAGCGGCGCAGUGGGAGGGACUUUGACAAUGCGCUGGGCCCGGUGGUGGUGUGUUUGGGGCUUGUGGUCGCGUUGUGUUUGAAUUUUGGGUUCAAGUAUCGUGCGGCGAUGCAGGAGAGGUCGAGACAGCAUGAAGGCAUGGGGAAUGCCACGUACCCGUACAGCUAUGGUGUGGGCGAGCUCUAG